AUGUACGCGAAGCCUUGGGCAUACGGAAACCAUCGCAGUAAGUGCGCUGUGUGCGCGACGGUUCAAGAGAGCCGAGCGAUUGAGGAGUUGGUCAGUCUGCUGAAGAAUUGUUGGAGAGUCCAAGGUCGAUUGCUGCGUUUAAUUUCCCCGUAUCACGUGUGUUCGUCUAACCUUCGAAUUCUAAUUUACCUGUCUGUUGCAGGAAUUUGCUCCGGUUUGCGAGAAGUGCGCAUCCAGAUACCGACGGCCGUGAAGAAAGGUGACUCGGCGAUACUGAAUUGCUGGUAUGACACCGAGGGGGAUCCUUUAUACGCCGUCAAGUGGUACAAAGGGGGUCGAGAGUUUUAUCGCUACGCCCCGAAAGAGACCCCGGUCGUCAAGACUUUCCCUAUCGGGAACUUGACGGUGAAGAGAUCGGAGAGCAACGCAACGCAGGUCGGUCUGACGAAUCUAGAGCUGGACGCGGCGGGGGAGUACAGCUGCGAGGUGUCGGCCGACGCUUCGUUCCACACGGCCAUAGUUUACGCCACCAUGAACGUCGUCGAAUUACCCUCUCAAGGGCCGUCGAUACACGGGUUAAGGAGGAAAUACCGGAUUGACGAUAUGCUGCGUUUGAACUGCACAUCUGGACGGAGUAAACCCGCGGCCAAUCUCACCUGGUACAUCAACGACCGACAACCGCUGAAGUCGUACGUCCGCACGUACAGCCCCCUCGACACCAACGAAUCGGAGUGGCAGAUCUCCCAGAUCGGCCUUCAGUUUCUCGUUACGCACGACCACUUCACCGUCGGCAAGCUGAAAAUACGGUGCAGCGCCUCGAUAUACGACAUAUACUGGCAGAGCACCGAGAUCAGCGUCGAGGAGGACAGGCCCAGGAUGAUCCACUACGAGCCAGCGGCCACCAUCGUCGGCAUCAACUAUCUACAGCCGCCCCCGAACUUCCAAACCGGGCAGAAAAAACCGGACGGACAAGUGGGAGUCAAAGGUAACCCAAACUUUUACCCGGCGGCCGGAAGCCGGGACCAAAGGAAAAGUUUUCCCGGCUGUUUCCAAGGAUUACCUUCCACUUCCUCGGGCAUGGGUUGCUGCGGCUGCUCGGACGAGCCUUCGUCCAAGGUGGAGCCCAGGACGCCGGAAAACGAGGGCAUGCCGACGAGACACUCGGAGCAGAUUUUCGUCACCGAUCGAUCCUGCACCGACAUUCUGGCACUGAUCGUUUUGAUCGCGCUCGUCGCCGGUUUCGGUUUUCUGGGGAACAACGCGACGCAGAAAGGAGACAUCUACCGCGUUAUAAAUGGCUACGAUAACUGCGCAAACGUUUGCGGCCGUGUCAACAAGGCUACCACUGCUGUCACCGCGCUUGGUUGCCAGGCCAAGGACUACACGAAAGAGAAGUAUCUGCUGAUAACCCUGGACGUGAAGAACGGAGUGAAGAAUCGCACAUGCGUGUCCAGCUGCACCGAUCAAGUGAUAUUCCUAAAUCGCUGCUUGCAAAUGGAUACGACUAAAUCGACGACUUCCGUGAUCAAGAAUCUUGGUUUGGAUAAUUUCUACAAGGAGGCUUCGAGGGAUUUGACCGUGGCCUGGGUAGAGCUGGUCUACCUACUGCUCAUAGCGUUAGCUAUCUCGCUCGCUAUCUUAAUUGCCUUCCGGUAUAUGGUGCAGUGGGUCAUUUACAUUGUCUUAAUCGGCGCUAUUCUCGCCUGUAUCGGUGGCUCGGCGUACCUCUGGCUCGCGUGGUACAAGGAAAAGAAGGGGGUGGAGGCGCAAGAGAUAACCGAGGAUGAUUCGAGCCAAGAGGCCUACUUCAUUUAUGCGAUAGUCUUGUCUACCGUUACCGUCAUCACGCUUCUGAUUGUCUUGGUAAUGAGGAAAAGAAUCGCCCUCGUGAUGCAGCUGUUCCGCGAGGCGGGAAAGGCCGUUUACGCCAUGCCGGUGUUGCUUCUACAACCUAUAUACACCUACUUGCUCAUCGGUUUCACCGUGUGCGCGUGGGUUUACUGCAUGCUCUUGAUAGAGAGCGCCGGGAACAUCUAUAAGAAUAGGAAGGACCAUAUCCACUUCAAGAAAGACGUACUGCUGAUCGCAACCAGAUGGUACAAUCUGUUCUUCUUUUUCGUCACCUGCGAGUUCCUCCUGGGCUGUCAGCAUAUUGUCGUCGCCUGCGCCGUGGCGCGUUGGUUCUUCACCAGAGACAAGAAGAGGCUCUCCCUGGCUGUAACGCGGGGCUUCGGUUAUCUCGUGCGAUAUCACUUAGGCACAGUCGCGUUCGGCGCACUGGUUAUUGGUAUAGUUCGGCUCAUAAGAGCGAUAAUUUCCUUCGUCCAAAAUCGCCUGAAGCGCUACGAUAACGACUUUGUGAGGGGAAUAUUGUGGUGCUGUCAGUGUUGCCUCUGGUGUUUCGAGUGCGCUCUGAAAUUCCUCACCAGAAACGCCUACAUCGAAACAGCAAUAUACGGAUGCAACUUCUGCACUGGCGGACGGAAAGCGUUCCAGGCGUUGGCGAACAAUAUCUUAAGAGUCGCCGCCAUCAACAGCGUCGGGGACUUCGUCCUAUUUCUAGGAAAGGUUCUGGUCGUUACAUUAACGGUCGUCGCUGGGAUCUAUCUGGUGCAGAAAAAGGAAGGACUCCAUCAUCCGUGGGUGCCGAUUGCACUCGCCGGAGUGUUCGCUUUCUUGGUGGCGCAUUGCUUCAUCUCGAUCUACGAGAUGGUCAUAGACACCAUAUUCAUUUGCUUCUGCGAAGACUGCGCGAAGAACGACGGCGUGGGAAGGCCGUACUUCAUGAGCCGUGGAUUAAUGGAAUUCGUCGAGAACAGCAAAAAGGCUCUGCAGAAUCUGGAUCACCAGAUGUAACGACGAUCUAUCGGUAUUCGGUGGAAGCCAUUGCAGCAUUCGAAAUAGGCGAGGAAGACUUUUCAGGUUAUACCUUCGGAAACCUCGGGAGAAGUAAUUACUGCGGCGCGAAAUCUUCGAUAGGACCUGGUGAACGAACGUCGUAGUUACUUACGUGGCACUGACGCUUCUUUCCGCCGCGAACUUUAAAAAAAAACAUCGUCGCAUACACGUGCAGCGCCACGUGGAGGAAGGUUGCCAUAAGAUACGGACAAUUUCGUUCUGUGACCUCUUCCCUUAUCGUAUCCCCAAACAGGAAACAGAGAAAGGAACCGGACGACAAACGAAAUCGAGAACUGGGGAACAAAGGAAAAUGUUAAGAGCUUGACAGAAUUAGAGAUACAUUGUGUUCGUGUGCGUGUGUCUGUGAUGUAUAGGGUAAUCUAAAAGAGAAAAGAAUAUUUUUGGAUUAUACGAUAUAGAGACGAUCGAUUCUCUUAACCCCUUCUCGUGCCAUUUGGCUCAAUGCGAGGUAAACACACUAGACUGAUGCUAAACUGCUUUGUAACAGAGAUUAUAAGAACCGUGACCGACUCUUGUGGUUUACUGAUAGGAAUUAAAACUCUAUCACUCGGAAUGUUUACGUUUGGGCUGACCUUUUGUUCGCGAGUCUGGCUCGUGAUAAUCAUGUUUGGGCCAAAAUCUUCAUCGCGAGUCAGACUCGUUGAAGUACGGGAAGGGGUUAAUAUGUAUGCAAUUUCUUGUUUCCGAAAUGUACAUGCUUACAGAAGUAAAAAUCUGCUUAAACGUAAGAUCGACGUACAAGUUUUGCAUUAGUUUUCGAUCACAUUGUCAAGCAGUACUGUUAUAAAUACACUGUUGUUAGAUAUCGCUUUUUCAAAUUAUGAAUUUCGCGCAUGCCCAGGAGCGAGCCACUUUGUUAGGUUAGCCGGGCCAACGGCGGCGGCCAUUUUAAAUAUUUGCCUCGCGAAUUCGACCAUCUGCGUCUACGUAGCUCGGGUUGUUUAGAGCCGUAGAACGAUUAGACAAGACGCCGAUAAUCUAAACUUAGUCGAUCUUUAACUUUAUACGAAUAGCAAAGGUGGCUGCAACGAUCAAAUAUUUAGACAUAAUUGUAAAUUAAUUUCUACGAGCGUGGACGUUUCCGACCCUCAUUUGGCUCCUCCACGGAUGCAUUAAUAAUCUACUUAAGAACUCUUAUUAAGCCUGUGUGCAAGAUUUACUUUGCGUUGACAAUUAAACACGUACCAAGAUGAAGUUCAAGUAUUAGUCAACCUUAUUAAUAAUCCAAAUCAAUCGAUGCGUUCUAAAACGUUAACGCUCGUACGGAUUAAUUUGCAACUAAAUGUAAUUUUCGUACGAUAAAAUUGUCUGCGACUUAUGGUACCGUUCCUAUGCAGUUCCGUGCCUGUAUUCAGAUGGCAACGGUAAAUUCUUUCAUUGCGGAAAGUCGAAUAGUGUUAUUUUUAUCGUUGCCUUCGCGUAACCGUUACCUCGGGCCUUUUGUUAUCGACGAAGAACGGGUUUAGGAGCCCGGGCGAUUAGGUAGUGCCUGCAGCUUUCGAGCGGCUAUAAUUCUACGCGAACAAAUUGUUAACAUUCCGUUUACUACGAAGUUCCACGAUCAUCGAGAUACGUCACGUACAUUAUAUUUUCUCUGUUUUUUCUACAAACGUUUGGUGACGUAUUUCAACUAGAUAAGACGUUUCUACACAUUCGCUCGUGUUCGAUAUCGCGCGUUCAUCGAGCAACGCGAUAUCUCGUUUGUAUCAUAAUUACGAAAGAAGAAAAAAAAAAAUACUCGGAUAGUUUAAGCGACGAAGUUUCGAAUACGCGACAGUUCGCGACGCGAAGUUACGGGGACGGACAGGGUUUCGUUGCCAAGGGUCGUUUGAAAACCUGCCAGGGAAGAUGGUCGCCGGAUUGAUCAGAGGCGAUAACGCGGGCAGCGCGAGAUUCGCAUGACGAUAAACGCGCGACUAUCCGAGUAAUUGCAGUUACAUCGAUCGUCAUGUGUACAUAUUUUUUUCCACGCGAAACCGCCCAUAAACGACACAUUUCCGUCGCGUACGUCACGCAUUUUUAUAAUCAAUCGUCCACAACGAACAAGUACAACGCCGUUUUCAAACGCGGAAGCAACAAACCAGACCACGGUUGCAACUUCAAAGUUACUUUACUCUGAAAUAUAGUAUUAUAAUUUUAAUAAAAAUCAUUGCGAAACAAAUGCAUUCUGUACGUUCU